AUGUCUACUUUUAGCAAAGAUUGGUGGAUAAAGUUUUUCUCAGAUGCUGGUAUUCCUUCAUUUGCAUCAUCAAAAUAUGCCACUAUUUUCUAUGAAAAUAGAAUUCAGUCUAAUAUGUUAAUGGAUUUAGACAAAGAUAUUCUCAAGGAAAUGGGUAUAACAGUUGUUGGUGAUAUAAUUGCAAUCCUUAAACAUGCAAAAGAUGUAUAUAGAGAGGGAUUUUAUGAUGGUUACAAUUCUAAUGUAGUGGAAAGUUUAAUAACUAAGAAAAUUCAGAAUGAAGUCAACGAAACUUUACCUCAAAAAAAAAAAAUAGUUACCAAUAAAGGAAAAAAGUUAGUUACCAAGAAGGUCAAAGUCUCCAGUGAAAGUGAAGAAGACGAAGAAGCACACUUGAAAAUAAUGAAGAAAAAGAUUCCUUCACAAUUAUCAAACAAUUCAAUUAAAGUUGUGACUAGGAAAGUAGUUCCUAAGUCUAAAACUACAAUAAAAGUUAAACCAGUUAUUAUAGAAAGUGAUGAUGAUUCCCCUCCACCAUCUGAAUUGAAAACCAAGAGCUCAGUUUUUGAUCGUUUGGGUGUAGGUGAUGUAAGCAGUACAACUCCAAACUAUGAUAGUAAUAAUUCACCCACAGACUCGAGAAAAUCGUCUGUGUUUAAACGUCUUGGAAUCAAGCAAGCCAGCGAACCCGCUGCUAGUGCGACAUUCAAACGUACUAUUAAAGGAUCAAGUGACGUAUAUUAUGGACCAAGUAUUCCAACUGAAGAAACUAGUGCUUUCUCAAAAAGAAUAAAACUGGAAGAAACAAGUUUUAACUCUUCAAAGUCUGUAUUUGAACGUAUUGGUGCAUCGUGUGAUCGUGAAAAAAGUAGUCCAGGUCUUGUUUCCAAAAGUGCUCUUCUAAGAAAUGCUAACUCUGGCGGAAGACCAAUUUAUGUUAAUCCGAAGGUAUUAAAUGUUAAAAAGUUGAGUCUGUUAAACCAUUCACACUUUCGAAGUUCAGAUUUAGAAUGA